CCCUACAGACUACUCUCUGCAUUGCAUCCCGCAGCCCCCCCUGUGUGCACCCCCUGGUGCAGUUCCGCCCCAGGCCGCAUGGGGGCGCUGUGCCUCCCCGCAGCGAAACGGCAAUCCAAGGCUCGGUGAUCCCGCGCUCCUCCUCUCGGCGCUCCUCUCGCUGACCGGGCCGCCAGGCUGGGAGGUGAUCGAUCCGAUCGGCGCUCUCCCUCCGCUUUCCGCCAUCGAUGCGCUCGGCUCUCCGGGCGCACGCGCACUGCGCGCCGGCGCCGCCAUUGUGGUUCUGUCAGAGAGGUGCUGGGCGCCGGCGGAGCGGAGAUGGAGUUCCAGGCCGUGGUGAUGGCGGCCGGAGGCGGCUCCCGCAUGACGGACCUGACCUCCAGCAUCCCGAAACCGCUGCUGCCGGUGGGCAACCGCCCCCUGCUGUGGUACCCGCUGAAUCUCCUGGAGCGCGCCGGCUUCGAAGAGGUCAUUGUGAUUACAAGAAAGGAAAUCCAAAAAAUGCUAAACUUGGACACAAAAAUGAAGCUGGAUUUUGUGUACAUCAGUGACAACGUGGACAUGGGUACAGCAGAUUCACUGAGGCAUAUUCACCAGAAAAUAAAGACUGACGUUUUGGUGUUGAGCUGCGAUCUGAUCACAGAUGUCGAUUUAUAUAAAGUUGUGGAUCUGUUUCGGACACAUGAUGCUACUCUCUCCAUGUUGAUGAAGAAAGCUCACGAACCCACAGAAGUGGCACCAGGACAGAAAGGGAAAAAAAAACCCGUGGAGCAGCGGGACUUCAUUGGAGUGGAUGACACGGGAAAAAGAUUGCUCUUCAUGGCUAAUGAAGCUGACCUAGAUGAAGAACUUGUCAUUAAAAGAUCCAUCCUGCAGAAGCACCCCAGGAUGCACAUCAGAACAGGGCUGAUGGAUGCCCAUCUCUACUGUCUGAAGAAAUAUGUGGUAGACUUCCUUGUAGAAAACAGGACAAUCACAUCUCUCCGGAGUGAGCUGAUCCCACAUCUGGUUAGGAAACAGUUCUCUGUUCCUACGUCGUUGCAGCAGGGAGUAGACAACAAAGACGAGGGCCGAAAGAAAAAAGAACAAGCAUCUCUAGACAUUUAUAGUUUCAUAAAGGAAGAUAAUAGCUUGCUGAAACCUGCUCCAGAUAACUCCUGUUGGAAUGAUCAUAGAGGAGAUAUGAACGAAACUCUCCAUGAAGGAAAAGUACGCUGCUAUGUCCAUAUAAUGAAAGAGGGGCUGUGCUGCCGAGUGAAUACGCUUGCGUUGUAUAUUGAAGCUAAUCGACAGGUUCCCAAACUAUUGCUUAAUCUGGGUCUGGAAGAACCACUGGUCCAUGGGACUGCACAGAUCACUGACAGAGGCAUGGUUGGAUCAGACAGCAUCAUUGGGUCAUCCACACAAAUUGGAGAGAAGACAUCCAUUAAACACUCCAUCAUUGGCAGCGCAUGUACCAUAAAAGACAAAGUUAAGAUAACAAACUGCAUCAUCAUGAAUUCUGUUACAAUUGAGGAAGGGUGUUGUCUUCAGGGCAGUGUUAUUUGUAAUAACGCUGUGAUAGAGAAGGGUGCAGACAUCAAAGACUGUUUGAUUGGAAGUGAUCAGAGGCUGGAAACCAAAGCCAAACAUGUUAAUGAAGUCAUUGUGGGCACUGAACAGCUGAUGGAGAUAUAACCCAAGUAGGUUUUAAAGAUGAUUUUAUGGAAGCCGGCAGCAGAACCAGAUGUUCAGCAUCGUAAGAUCAUCCGCGCAGAUCAGUACUGGCAUGGUUUACCCUGUCACUGCUCCUUUCCUGUUCAGCUUUGUAUUUAUGUCUUAAUAAAGAAGUAUUUACAGA